AGAGUUUCACCUCUCUAGUUGGUUUUGAUUUUUUUUUUUUAGGGAAUUAAAGGUGAAUCCAAGUCUUAUUUUUCUGCAGAGGUGCGUUCAGGUGUCGAGGCUUUGGUCAGUGUUUGGGUCAUUUUACAGGACCGGACCUGAACGCAUCGCCUGAAUCCGGACCCUGUGGGGUUCUUCUGGUCUGGAUCCUGAGUCCGACAUGGAGUCUGCAGAGAGUCCGAGGGGGCGGGACAGCGGCAGUCUGAGGCGGUCUCCUCUGGACCUGAUCAUGAACCAGAUCCGCAGGAAACGUUCAGCGUCGGACUGGAGGCCGCUGGGACGCUUCCUGUCCCGGACCUCGGACCGGACCGGGAUCCCAGAGGACGGGGAGGCCGAGGACCAAGGACAGAGCCCAGUUGUUGCAGAUGACAGUGACGGCAGCGGUGACGUGGGCUGGGGGCGGGUCUCUGUCUUCCUGCGGUCAUUGGGUAAAACGACUGACAGUCGGCGGAUGGGCGUGGCUCACUGCGACCUGACAGCGACCGACCUGAUGGAGCUCGCCUCUCUGCUGCAGUUCCUCCCUCACCUAGAGGAGGUGGACCUGUCAUGGAAUGAGCUGAUUGGUGGAAGUCUGCGGGUGUUGACGUCCCACCUGAACCUGGUUGGUGGGAUCCGGUCUCUGGCUCUGAGCGGCUGCAGACUCAGCUCUGAGGACGUCAUGGCUCUGGGUGAGGCUCUCAGUUUCGUUCCACUACUGGAGAUCCUCGAUUUGUCGUGGAACGCUGCCAUCAGCGGUGACGGGCUGCAAUGCCUGCUGGGUAAACUGAGCCCAGCUGUGAGGGAGCUCCACCUGGUGGCGUGUCAUCUCACUGCAGCCGACGCCGUGGCGUUGGGUUCGGCGGUGUCGUCUCUGUCCAGACUCUGUGUCCUGGACGUGUCCUGUAACCCUCAGCUCGCACAGGAAGUGGCCAGCGGUGGAUUUGAAGAACUGGCCGUCGCCCUUGGCCACGCCUCCGCCCUCUCCACGCUGCGACUCCAGGGUUGUGGACUGUCGACAGACCGCCUCCACGUCCUCGGUGGUUCGCUCCGACACCUCCCCUCGUUACGACAGGUGGACUUGUCCUGUAACAAAGGCCUGAGUGGAGGACUGGACCACCUCAGCCCCCACCUGGCUCACCUCACACACCUGGAGAGCCUCGACCUCCACCUGUGCAGUCUGACACAUGGAGACCUGGAGGCUCUGGUCCAGGUGCUUCCCUCUCUGACGGCGCUGACGGAGCUCGAUGUGUCGUCCAAUAAGGACGCAGGGGGCGUGGUCCACUCACUGGUCUCCGCCCUCCCUCUGACGCAGAUGAGGCGUUUGCCAUUCAACAGCUGCAGCCUGAACCAGGAGUCGUUCACGGCGCUCGCUCUGGCCGUGCCGUACCUCCGCAGCGUCGACGUCUCCUGGUGUAAAGUGGUCGGUGGUCGCCUGCCGUUGCUGCUGGACGCUCUGCAGCCGUCAAUCAUCCUGGAGCUCCGCCUCAGCAGCUGUGAACUCACCACCGACGACCUCUGUCAUAUCGCCGCCGUGUGCAGUCGUGGCGGUCUGUCCUCCCUCCGGGUCCUGGAUCUGUCCUACAACGGCUCGGUCGGCGCCGACGGUUGGACCGCCCUGUUCACGGCAGGAGGCCUGGGGUCCACGGAGGACGUCGACCUCAGCCUGCGACCUUUGACCUCUGCCUCGUCUUCGGCCUGGCUGCCGGCGCUGCUCCGCGCCCUGCCGCAGCUCCCGGCGCUGAAUCGACUGGCGAUGCGGCGCUGGACGGUGGGCUCUGCGGACCGACAGCAGCUGGACCGCAGCCUGAAGAAGAGGAACGUCCUGUUGGAGUGGGACACGGACAGAGAUGAUCCAGCUUUAUGGUCCAAUCAGGAGAGUCGACCUGAGGAGUAGGAUGGAAACACCACACCUGGACA